AUGUGUGACCUAACGAUGCCUAAUUUUCAUUCGACCGAAUCAUCUGAAAGCGAAGAUGUUAGUGAUACUACAACAAGGGCCUCGACGGCCGAAUCCAUCAGUCAGCUAGGACCGAAAGCCAUGUUCAAUGAGAUGGAAAGCGGUAUGAUAAACAUAAUUAUUGAGGAAGCAACCUAUAAGCUGAUCGUCAUCAAUCGCGAUGGUGACAAAACAAGCGCCCCGAUCGUACGAAAGCCACCUAUGCAUGUACGUUUCGAUCCGUCAUAUAAAAAUCAGCUGCUGAGCGAAAAUAUGGUAGUCGAUUUGGCGAUGGGAAAAAUGAUUCUGGUAAAACUACAAAAUGAUGUUUCAAACUUACGCAAAUUGCUUUCCGAUACGCAUACGGAGAUGGCGGAGUUCGGUACGUUCGAGACGCUGCAAACAUUUAUGGAUAACGACAUUCAAAGCGAACAGGAAGAAUUGAUCCUCAUCCGGGACAGUAUCCUAAAUGAGAAGAAGCUAAAAAUUUUACAAACGCAGCUCGAGGGUGUUAAUCGGGAAUGUAAGAACGUGCUGAAGCAACUGGACGAUGAAAUCUUCGAUCUGGAAACGAAGCUGAAAGAUGCACGCAUUGAGAACGACAUCAAGACGAAGCUAGUCCAGCAGUGGGAGCGUACCCGACACGAGCAGGCCCGCAUUAUCAUUCAGGGUAAGGAGAACGAUCUCGUGCAAACAUCGGCCCAAACAAAGGCAAACAUUGAGCGUGAGCUGCGACUGAAAAGUGAGAUUGAUGUUUACAUCAACUACUGCAUCGAUCAGAUUAGUGAAAAAAUCGCCUUCUGGACCGAUAAGUAUCAGCGCGAAAUAAAAGCGCUGGAUGCACAGAUUGCCGAACAUAAGGAUAAGAUAGUGAACCUGAAGGUGCAGUUCGAGGAGAUGACCAUACUGUUCAAGCAUCGGGAGAAAGAUUUAAAAAUUUGCGCCGAAUUUAUGAAGGAGCGCGAACAACAGUUGGCACUCGCCAACAAACAGAUGCGCUCGGCGAUCAAGAUCCAGUCCUGGUGGAGAGGUACGAUGGUACGCAAGGGUCUGGGGCAGUUCAAGCGCAAGAAAAAACAAAAACCCCAGAAGGCACCGAAAAAAGGGAAAAAGGGAAAGUAA